AAAAUGGCUGAUGAAAAAUACUUAUCACAUUUAAGUACAUUAAAAGAAAUAAUAUUGGAUGAAGAAAGGUUGGUUACAUAUGUAUCUAUUAGCAAAGAAUUCUGUAUUCAUGUUAAUGAAAGCAAAUCUCUGUUGAAUAAAGUGGCAGCGGAAAUUAGAAAAAAACACCCAGAAACGAUGCUCAAUAUUACAUAUAUUAUAUCUGGAUUAACGAAUGAUAACAAAGCUCAAACGAACGUUUGUCCUGAAAGUGAAGUAACAGACUAUCGGAAGGGGCUGAAGUUAGUUUUCUUUGAGCACAUAUACAGUAUUAACAAGGGAAAACCUUCCGUAGAUAAAGUAGCUUUCAUGGCGAUUACUACAUUUGAAGAUUACCAAUUAUGUUCGGGCUUGUUAAAGAAUAAUGUAUGUUCUAAAUUGACAUUAGAUGAAAUAAGUAGAUUGAAGUCAUCCAGCCAGGUGGCAGUAGCUGAACAAAAAGUGACUAAACCACCUCCAAAGAAAAUUAAAGAGGAAAAUGAGAGAGACAAAGUUUUGAAUGGUGAUGCCAAGAAAGCAGAGGUAAAAUCUGAAGCAUUUGUAAAGAAAGAAAAAAUGUCACCACAAAAGAAUCUGUCCCCACAAAAAAGUACUGUAAAUGGCAACAAGCAGAAGACAGAUGUCAAGAAUACUAAUAAAUCUCAAAAAGGAAUAGCUGGGUUCUUCAGCCGGUCUGACAGUGCUCCAUCAAAGAAAUCAACAAAAGAGACUACGAAAAAUGAACCUGAUAUUAAAAUAAAAUCAGAGUCAGAUGCCAAAGAUAAUGAUGAACAAAUGGAUGUAGAUAUUGAUGACAAGGUACCAGAGAAAGAGAAAAAUGAUGAUAAACCGGUCAGCACUAAUGGUGUAAAAACAAAGAGGACUGAGAAUAACACUGUAAAAAAUAAUUCCAAAAGCACUAACAAGUCUUUGACCCAAAUAAAAAAGAAUGCCAAGGUUGAUAAAAAGCGUAAAAGGGUCUUACACAUUUCAGACAGUGAGAGUGAUGAAGAGAAAAAUGACCCAUUUGUUGAUGAUGAAGAUGUGCUCGAUAAAAAAAUGGAUGUGGAAUCUGAAGAUGAGAUACCUCCAACACCGGCUGUUAAUACCAUCAAAGUGACAUCCAAUAUGUUAAAUCCUAGGAAGAGAAGAAAGAUAGUUAACAAAACAUAUACUGAUGAGGAUGGAUACAUAUUAACUAAGAAAGAGGAAGUUUAUGAGAGUUUGUCAGAAAAUGAGGACACAGACAUGAAGGAAAAUGUAGAAAAAGUAAUUAAAGAAGCAGCCAGUGAAAAGAAAGCAUUAGUUAAGUCCGAGGUCUCUCCAACUAAUAAGAAAAGUGGCCCUAAAAAUAGCAAAAAGAAGAUAUCUCCCCCUCAGAAAGGGAAACAAGCUACACUUAUGAACUUCUUCAAAAAAGCUUGAUUCACUGGUCCAAUAUGUAAAUCAUGGUUUUUGAAAAUAAUGAGUUAUGAAAAAUGUUUUGUUUUAUACUUGUAUCUGUUCCAAUAAACUUUUUUUACUAUAAU